AUGGCCUUGGCAUCAAAACCGUCGCAUUUCGAUGUGCCGGUUGUAUUUGUGUUUCUGACGGUCAGUUCUCAACCAACGGAACCCGUUGUGGAGACUCGGGAUAGUGAAACUCAAACACCGAAGUCAGAAUCCGAACCGGCAGACGAGGAGGAUGAAGAAGAGGAGGACGAUGCGUUAGACGAGACGCCAGAAACAUCGGAUCUAGGACUAAUUGAAAGCUCCUUCGAAAACUACGACGGCGACAUCUUUGAGAUUUCCCCCAAAAAUACUUCUAACUACAUUGAGGAGGACACUAAGGAGGAAAGUGAUGGUGAAGUUGAUCAAGAGGUUACCCUUGAAAACUCGAGUAGACCUCAGCACAUAUAUCCUCCAUCGGAGUACUACAGGGAGUCUUCCAGGUCUGCUGAAUUGCCAGAGGGUAUCAGGGAGCCGAACUAUGACGCAGCACGACGCUAUGAUGCAGAAGAGGCAAGACAACCAGUUUAUGAGCCACCCAUAACUGCAGAAACGGCCUACACAGUAUCCUAUGGCAGUCAGCGUAAGGAAUUACCGCCUGUCGACGAUAACAGGUUGCUGUAUCAACCAGAAUUAGAUGCAAGUUACCGCCAGGAGGCAUCGCAAUCACGAAUACCGAUGUAUAAUGCAUAUGCAAGGCCACAGGAGACCACAACUAACUCCUAUGAGAGACGAAUGAGCCAAGUGGAUCAGUACUGGAGAGAAGAGGAGAGGCGAAAGCGGAUUUAUGAGAGCCAGAAUACCUACAGACAUCCUUUGGCUAAUGAACGGAUCGACGGUUGGGAUCAGGGUGACUGCACCUACGACUCCAUGGGACGUCCAGUGAACUGUCUAACCGGAGCUUCAAACAGCUAUAACACCAACGACGCCAUUUCAAUGAAAGUGCCUUCAUCGCCUCCAUUGCCACUUUCGCCAACAUCGAACGAGAGCUCUGCCAGCACGGAGGUCGAAGCAGAGAAAGCAGAAUCAGAGGCGGAGCGCAGCGCUUUCCUUCGCGCCAAUCGUGUGUAUUUGAGUGCUCCGCGUUGGCCAGUGCGUGAUAUGGAUCGCCUCGGCUCUUACCCGCGCCACCCCGCCUGUCGGCUGCAGCCAGAGUGGGGUGUGGGACCAGAGGAGCGCUCCGCCUGGUUUUAUUCACAACCAGAUGGUCGAUGUCUCUGGUUCUCCUACAAUGGUCACGGCGGCAAUGCAAAUAGGUUUUACUCGAGGGCUAACUGCGAGUCUCUGUGUGUCUUUGAUCAGUUCGAUUUGUGCCAGAACGCCAGAUGUGGUUAUCCGGGCAGCCACUGUAUGUUGAGAGGCGAUGAACGCUGCAAGGCCCACGCGAAGAGUCGUGGCAGAGAAUUUGACACUGAAUGUCCGCCCGACCAGCCAGUGUGUCGAGCUCGUCGUGCCAUCAUACCUCCGGAAUACAACACGGAGCUGAUUCCGUACGAGUGUACAGAGCAUGUGGAUACGGGUGGGUGUUUAUUGAAGAAUCCGCAAAUCCGCUAUCACUACGAUGUCGGCUCGAACACCUGUCGUGCCUUCUACUUCCACGGCUGCGGUGGCAACAACAACCGCUUUGAGAGCAUGCAGGAAUGCAUGAACCACUGUGCUCUUUGA